UGAUUCUUCUGUUUUACAGUUUUAAGCUCAGACGGCUAAUUGGCGUGUGAAGUGUACGUAGCGACCGUCCCGCUUCUGGCAUACGGGACAUACUGCAGAUAUGAAUAUAUUUUUAGAUGAUCCAGAAUUUGCAGAAAUUAUUCUGAGAACAGAACAAGCUAUAGAGUGUGGAGUUUUUCCAGAAAGAAUCUCUCAAGGAUCCAGUGGGAGUUACUUUGCUAAGGAUCCAAAAGGGAAAAUUAUAGGAGUGUUCAAACCAAAAUCCGAAGAGCCUUAUGGACAUCUAAAUCCAAAAUGGACCAAAUAUUUUCACAAAGUUUGUUGUCCUUGCUGCUUUGGCAGAGGCUGCCUUGUUACAAAUCAGGGAUAUCUCUCUGAAGCUGGUGCCUAUCUUGUGGAUGAGAAACUGGGGCUUGGAGUUGUACCUAAAACUAAGGUUGUCUGGCUUGUCAGCGAGACCUUUAAUUACAGUGCAAUAGAUCGUGCAAAGUCAAGAGGAAAAAAAUACGCUUUAGAGAAAGUGCCAAAAGUUGCUAAAAAAUUUAAUCGAAUUGGACUACCUCCUAAGGUUGGCUCCUUCCAGCUGUUUGUUGAAGGAUAUAAGGAAGCUGACUACUGGCUCAGGAAGUUUGAAGCUGAUCCUUUACCUGAGAACACAAGGAAAGAAUUUCAGUCACAGUUUGAAAGAUUGGUUAUUUUGGAUUAUGUCAUCAGAAAUACAGACAGAGGUAAUGACAACUGGUUAAUCAGGUACGAAAAACAAGAUGAUGGACUUGAUCUGUCGGAUAAGGAUAGCCAAUGGACUAUAACUAAAGAGUCUAUUAAAAUUGCUGCAAUUGACAACGGUUUAGCAUUUCCUUUUAAGCAUCCUGAUGAAUGGAGGGCAUAUCCCUUUCACUGGGCUUGGCUUCCUCAAGCAAAAGUUCCUUUCUCUCAGGAGACAAGAGACCUAGUUCUUCCUCACCUUUCUGAUAUGAACUUCGUACAGGACCUUUGUGAAGACCUUUAUGAACUAUUUAAGACUGACAGAGGAUUUGACAAGGCUACUUUUGAAAACCAGAUGUCUGUUAUGAGGGGGCAGAUACUAAACCUUACUCAGGCGUUAAAGGAUGAAAAGAGUCCCAUUCAGCUUGUUCAGAUGCCACGAGUGAUUGUAGAGCGAAGUAGCACUGGAAGUCAGGGCCGAAUUGUUCAUCUGAGUAAUGCAUUCACACAGACUUUUCAUAGCAGGAAGCCUUUCUUUUCCUCCUGGUAGCAACAAAAAUACAUGGGAAGAAUAAGUUUAUCUUAACUUUAGAAAGCUACUUGUGUGUAAAGGCUCUGCAAUAAUGUCCUUCUGCUGUAUACCAAGAGCUCUGACUGCCGACACCUCAAAACUUAAAUUCUAAAGACUUAAGAAAUGUAUUUUGAAUGUAAUAAAAGUUUACAAUUUUUGUGUCAAAAUUGUGAAUUCUUAUGUCAGGGAAUAAAAAGAAUUUGUCCAUACUGUAUUUUUAUAGGCUAAAUUAAUGUAUUCUGAAUAAGGGAGACAGUUUGCAUAUACUGAGAAGCUAAUUUUGAAUACAGUGGGAAUUUUUUGUUUAAUAUAAAUGUGAGAAUCCGUACACUAUCAAUUUCUUUUUAUAUGGCCUUUAAAAAAUAGUUCAGAAUGUUACCUUUGAUUGUGAAAAUGCUUUUCCUUGGAAUUUCUUCUUGGUACUUUAAACUGGUUAUAGAUUUUUGUAGACUAGUUACUUGAAAAGUCAUGCACUCAAAAAAAAAAUAAAUCAAACUGUCCUUGAAAAACAAAGAAAGGGAGUAAGGGGGAAGAUGCUCCAUGUAGGCUUUUUUGCACGCAGGGACCAAAAAUUGUUAAAUAGUUGAAUUACAACAAAAUUCAACCCAAGUGAAUACACACAGUUUCUACUGUGACAAAAUACGAGUGUGUGUUUCAGAGUUGAAAUUCCACUGUAGUGUUUGGCACUUGUAUAAAGCACAUAUAUGGAAAUCUGAUACUUCUUUGGAGAUGCAUCACAAUGAAGGAUUUGCACCACGUUGUUACAGGUUUAUUUUGUCAUUCAUGUAAAGAUGUGUUCAUCACUUGUCACCAGAGUGGGUCUUCUGCUAAUGAGAGAGGCACUAAUUUGUUCAUUGGAAAGCCAGUUUACUUUGUAAAUUUCUAGCUAAAUACAGUUUGGGGUUUUCUGACUGGAAAAAAAAAAAGAAAAAAAUCCUGGAAUACUUACAGCACAGAGAAUUACUUUUGUGCCCUGAA